AAAAGCCAAAGGAAACGAAAAUCUCAAGGCCACAAGAACUUGUGGCUGAGAAUCAAACCAAGAUGCUGACGUGGCAUCCACAUCUCAUUUAAAGGGAUCAAAAACAUUAACCAUUCAAUGCUUAGCUUCCACUGCCAACAAAGAAAGAAAACACCUCUCGCUCUCUGAUUUUCUUAAACCUACGAAUUGUCUCGCGCGUUUUUUCAAUUUCCGUUUGGUUUUGUUUGGCUGUUGAGAAAAUGCAAGAAAGUAAAGACCCAGCGAUCAAGUUGUUUGGUAAGAAGAUUCAUUUACCUGGAGAGAUUUCAACUAUGUCUCUGGAUGACUUUGACAAGGCAAAGAGCGGGAACAGUGUAGUCGAAGAAGAAGAGGAAGAACAGGAGCAAAAAUUGAAAACAGAGCUGGAUUCUUUAGCAGAAAAGACCACUGAGACAGGACAUGAAGAUGACAUUCUCCCUUCGAAUAGAGAGGAGUCGACAAAUCCUGAAACCUUGCCGGAGCCUAAUGUAAACCCCAAAACUCCGUCUAUUGAUGAAGAAACUGGAAAAUCAAAGACAGGAAAGACUGGUAAAGAACAAAGUGAUGCUACCAAUUCACAAGAGAAAACACUUAAAAAACCAGAUAAAAUACUUCCCUGCCCCCGCUGCAAUAGCAUGGAUACUAAGUUCUGCUACUACAAUAAUUACAACAUCAAUCAACCUCGUCAUUUCUGCAAAGCCUGUCAAAGAUACUGGACUGAAGGUGGUACCAUGAGGAAUGUGCCGGUGGGAGCUGGGCGGCGCAAGAAUAAGAACUCUGCCUCUCAUUAUCGUCACAUCUCCAUCUCUGAGGCUCUUCAAGCAGCUCGAAUUGAUGCUCCUAAUGGAGCAAAUCACCCAGCAUUAAAAAGCAAUGGCAGAGUCCUUAGCUUUGGCCUAGAUGCACCCAUUUGUGAUUCCAUGGCUUCUGUCUUAAAUCUUGGGGAGAAAAAGGUUUUGAAUGGUACCCGAAAUGGAUUUCAUGGUCUUGAAGAACAAAAAAUUUCAGUUCCAUGCAGAGGGGAAAACGGUGAUGAUUGCUCAAGUGGAUCUUCUACCUCGGUUUCAAACUCAAUGGAGGAAGGAGGUAGAAGUUGCAUUCAAGAAACACUGAUCGGAAAUAUUAAUGGCUUCCCUUCCCCAAUUCCUUGUUUACCCGGUGUUCCUUGGCCUUAUCCAUGGAAUUCUGCAGUGCCUCCACCGGCUUUUUGUCCAUCCGGAUUUCCUAUGUCAUUCUAUCCUGCUGCAGCUUACUGGAACUGUGGUAUUCCAGGCACGUGGAACGUUCCUUGGUUGUCUCCUCAGUCUUGUACUUCUUUGAACCAGAAGGCUGGUCCAAAUUCCACAACACUAGGGAAACAUUCAAGGGAAGGGGACAUGGUUAAACUAGAUGAUUCUGAAAAACAAAAGCCAUCUAAACGGAAGAAUGGAUGUGUUUUGGUUCCCAAAACUUUGAGGAUUGAUGAUCCAAGUGAAGCGGCAAAGAGUUCCAUUUGGGCGACACUUGGGAUCAAGAAUGAAUCACUUAGUAGGGGAGGGCUUUUCAAGGCCUUCCAUCCAAAGAGUGAUGAAAAGAAUCAUAUAGCUGAAGCAUCACCAGUAUUGAUAGCAAACCCUGCAGCCUUGUCUAGAUCCCUCAACUUCCAUGAGAGCUCUUGAACUGGUGGCGUGCUGGGUGUUUGAUAUAGCCCAGAAGUUGCUAAAGACAAGAGUUAGACAGCUAACUGAGAUGAAGACAGAGGAGGGUUUAAUCUUUUUUUCUUCUCAGUAGGAUGAGAAGAACUCAGGGAAACAAAUUCUCUUCUUGUAACAGUAUAAACAGGAAACAGGUGCCUUUUGUUUUUACUUAGGUUGCUCAGUUUGUAUUCAUGUACAUAUCUUUUUAAAUGUAAAAUACUGUGACAGAUUUGGAGAAAAACAUUUAGAUGUACUGAACUAAAUUUUCAUACUGAAACUGAAGAAUGGAAAUCUUUUUCCUCAUUAUCUAUGCUGCUUUCUAUGGUUUGAGUCUAUUGGUAUUCCUAUUCUCUAUUGGAACUGCUGAAAAGGGCAUCUAGUGAUAUAAUAGACAGUAAAGAGGGAAACAAGGAAAUUUGUUGUAAUGGAAGGAUUCAAAAUGCAGAGAAUUUUGUCUUAUGGUGCCAAAAGCUGAGGAAUCAUGCAAUAAAUAGUGCUGAAGGGGACCUUGGUGGGGGCUAUUAUGGAUAUUGUGCCAAGCAAAAAUGGAAUUUUUUUUAGGCCCUCCCUUCCCUUGUUCCAGAUAAGCUUGAAUUAUUUCAAAACAGGCCAAGUAACUUUCCUUUUCACUCACCAAUGGACCCAAAAACAACUUGCACAAAAGGCAGAAUGCUUAGAUAAAUUU